CCCGCUGAGCAUCCCGAGCACCCCGGUACUGCGUCAGCCCCAAGGGCGCAGCCGGGUCAAGUCGAGGCGACAGGCAUUUAUUAAGCGCUUACUGUGUGCCUGGGCACCGGGCGAAGCAUCGCUGCUACCCAGAGCCAGGGGCAGAUUUGGGCCUGACCAGGAAGCAUUCUGAGCAGAUCAUCCCUAAGUUCCCUCCUGGGCUAGAGGGGUCAGGACCGCCUCCCAACAGGCCAGUUUGGCCUUAAAGGCCCUGCAGUGGCCAGUGAUAAGAGCUGCUGAAUCCGGGCCCAGUCUCCAGGGAUUUCAGACUGCCAGGAAACCGAGCCUCCAUCGAGGAAGGGCACGUGCUGUCAGCCGGAGCUCCUGACUGUCCCCUUCAGGUCCACUGGCCUUUGCUGUGUUGGGCUUGGGGGGCCGGGGAGACCUUCAGGCAAGGAGCCAGGAGAACAGGGGGCCACACCAGGGCCCCAGGACUCACUGACCAGCCCCGAGCAGGCAGGGCAGAUCCCCGUCCUCCUUGUGUGGGCUCCUUCGCUGGAGACGGUCGGGAGCCCAGCGAUGUCUGCACCCGGGGAGCUGCAGCUCUGCUUCAAGCCCUGCCUUAAGGUAGUUGACCAUUACGAGAAUCCCAGAAAUGUAGGGUCCCUUGACAAGAAAUCCAAAAACGUCGGCACUGGAUUGGUAGGGGCACCAGCUUGUGGAGAUGUUAUGAAGUUACAGAUCCAAGUGGAUGAAAAAGGGAAGAUUGUGGACGCCCGAUUUAAGACUUUUGGCUGUGGCUCUGCCAUCGCUUCGAGCUCCCUGGCCACUGAGUGGAUCAAAGGGAAAACGGUGGAAGAGGCCUUAACCAUCAAAAAUACCGACAUUGCCAAGGAGUUGUGCCUCCCUCCCGUUAAGCUGCACUGCUCCAUGCUUGCGGAAGAUGCGAUCAAGGCUGCCCUGGCCGACUACAAGCUGAAGCAGGACACCGCUAAGAAAGAGGAGCCCAAGGAGAAGUGACUGGGGCCUGGCACUCCUCCCGCUGCGGCCUGUGGGCUGGCCAGGCCAGGCCGUCCAAUCCCCCCUCCCAGUUCAGUCAAUCUCACCCUAGAGAUUAGGAAGCUCUUGUCCCCCAAUAAAAGAGCCAUGUGAUAAUGGCGCACAAUGUCCUCCUGUUCUCCUGGAAGUUCUGAUCCAUCCACAUGAAAUGCACAGCCCAUGACCUCUGCCUCUGCUUAGUUCUGGAUGUUGUGAAUUGUGUGACCAGCGUGACCUUGUCUGUUCCCAAGAUGAGACACAGAAUGGAACCCCAAAGUGCUUUCAUCUGAAGGGGUGACGUGCACUUAGCACUUAAUUUCACCCGAGUUAGGUUUGGGGAAAAGAGCUGCUAUUACACAUUUCCUUGGUAUAAAUAUUUGAGAGAACCAUUAUUGUACAUAGAACAGAUCUAUCUAUAUCUAUAUCUAUAUCUAUAUGUGCACAUAUGAUAUAAUAAAACGCCUGUAAGAAUCCA